AAAAAAAAGUAGGCCGGAGUUCCCAAUUACAAAGUGAAAUACUGGAAACUAGAAGAGUGGUCAAAGCAACUAAGGGUGGACGCAGAUUUAGUUUUACUAGUCUGUCGUUACUCCGGGACGCAAGCCAGAAAAAAGCAACUAAAAUUUUUCUCAAACCUACUCCACCCGGCAGUGGAAUUAAGGCGAGUGUUCUUCUUAAUCAUUUAUUUAAGUAUUUAGAAAUCAAGGAUGUCAGUGCCAAAAUAAUUGGUUCUCGCAAUAAACUAAAUGUGAUCCGAGCCACUUUUUUAGCCUUGGAUAAACUGACAGGCAAAAAAUAUGAUUAUUAA